AUGUCUAAUAAUCAUUCUAAAAAUAUUUCAUUGUUUCAAAAUGAAUUGUUGGACGGAUUUUUAUUGGUUAGACCUGUUUGGGUUGAUGAUGUAACCGUAAAAAAUUGUAAAGGCUGCGGUAUUGGCUUCACCGCUCUCAGAAGAAAGCAUCAUUGUCGCCAAUGUGGGAAUAUUUUUUGUCAGGAUUGUACAUCAAGGAAAAUUUCAUUGCCCCAAUUUGGUUAUGUAACACCUGAAAGGAUUUGCAAUGAAUGUUUUGAAAUCGCUUACCUUGUAGGAUAUGUAAUUUCUGAAGAAAAAUCUACCAAGACGCAUGGUGCUAGGGGAUUACUUGAUAUCGUGGAACGUGGAAAUGAAUAUGAGUUGUCUAAUUUCAUUACUUAUGGUGGAUUAGACGCGUUGGUUUAUUUAUGUAGAUCACUACAUACUAAUGAUAUACAUCAAUUAGGGACAACGGCAUUAGCUAAUCUUUCAGGAUACGAAUCAUUUAAACCUUACGUUAUCAUGAAAGGGGGACUUCCUUAUUUAUAUAAUUUAAUAUCAUUUUAUUGUAGAAAAUUAAGUUCCGAUACUUCAUCAUUAGAUUCAAAUGCGGCAAAAUUUUUGGAUUCUGCUUCUACUAUCAUAUUGAAUAUUGGAAAUAUCCUUCAUUUAUUAUCCGCUACAGGUAGGCGGAUGUUAACAGAUGUAGGAGCAUUAGAAUCAAUAAUGAAGUUGGCAAAUUUUCAAUUAGAAACACUAACAGAAGAUGAAGCAUUAGAUGAAGAUGUACUUUUAUCUUAUGAAGAAAUGCGCUUGCGCGUUGAAAUAGCGAGAGGGUUGGUUGCAAAAACUAUUUCAUGUCUAGCGGUUAAUCCAUCACACCAACUUUUAAUUUUUGAAAAUCCUAAAAUUGGAUUGGAUGGAUUGAUGGAUUUAUUACAUUCUAGUUCUUAUGAAGUUCGUAAAUAUGCUGCCAAAUCCAUUGCGUAUUUAUCAUUGAGAAAUGACAAAUACAAGUCUGCUCUGAUUAAAGAUGGUAGAGCCGAAGCAUUAACUUCUGUUAUUGAGCUUGCUGACGAGAAUUCAGCAAAAGCGAAUCAAGUUACAAUAUCUCAUGCGUGUUGUGCUAUGGCUAAUUUGGCGACGAAUGUUGAAUCACAACAACUUUUGAUUAGUCAACCAUCUUUAUUAUCAAAUUUAUGCCAAGUGGUUGGUUGUUUUAUCACAGAUAAAGAAAUUCAGAGACACGUAGCGAGAUUAUUAGCAAACUUCGCUCUAUACGAAGAGAAUAAGGCGCGUAUGCUAUCUUACCCAAUGUCUAUGACAGAUGAAAAAGGAGGGGUAGACGAGGAAAUAGAACAAGAUGUUCACCUUCAACAGUCAGAAGAAGAAUCCUUUGGUAGUAUUGUACCUACACUCAUUGCUAUCGGAGAUUCACCUGUUGCUGACGUAGAGAUUCAAAGACAUAUUGUGAGGGCAUUAGAUAAUUUAUCAACCGAAGUUCCCUCAAUGUCACAUUCAAAAUUAUUGCCAUGUUUGCCUUUAAUUAAUCGCAUCUUGGAUACGAUUAAGGAUGAAGAUAUACGUAAACGUGCAUCACAUGUACUAAAUAAACUUUCACCACCGUUGCCUUCUAUACCAGCUACUUCCCCUUUCCUUUUAAAUAAUAAACAAUAUUAUUUCCAAGGAUAUGAUGAUGACAUCUCCCAAUUUUAUGGUCAGCCCCAAAAUACAAGCGAUUUAUCUUUAAAUGAACAAGAUGAUUUGGCAAGUGCCGCGGGGAAGGUCAAGAUAUUAUUUGAGACUAACGCGAAUGUUAGGACAUCGGGCAUGGACGGAGCUGUAAAUUUGAAGACAAUGGAAAUGGUUAAUGUGAAUGCGAUUGCAUCUCCUUUGAAACCUAUAGAGAAUCUGAUUUUGUUUGAUGAAAAUGAGGCAACUUAUGAGACGACGACAUCGUACAUUGAAGAGUUGAACAAUAACUUUAUUAAUAUUAAUUUAGAAACUAAUCAUGAAGAAAUCCCGUCCAUUACUCUAGACAAAAACAAUCAUACUAUGCCACCAAUAUUACCACCCAUUAAACAAAUUAGCGAGGCCUUAUCCGACAAACAAUAA